UCGUCAGCCUACUGAGCGAGCUGGACUCUCGAAACUUGGGAAUGCCACUCGUGAAGAGCGAGAAUAGAGUGGGAGAGAGGAGUGAACCCUGUGGCACGCCGGACCUGAUGGGUCGGGGUGAGGAUAGGUUGCCCACUACUCAAUAUCGGCUCGUAUGGUGUGCACGAGCCUGUCUGACACUGCCAGUUGAUACAGCUUGAAUACUUAGCCGUUGUGUCAUACCUUAUCGAAGGCCUUCGUGACAUCGAAAAUCACGGAAGCCGUGGUAGCGUGGAAUUGAUGCCGUAUGAGGAUGUACUCGGUAUGUACAACGAGUCACGGAGAGAUACUAUCGAUAAUAGAUGAUAUAAAAGCGCUGCAUUAGCCGGUUCUAUGUUAAUUUGAAAUUAGAACAAUUCAAAAUGAAGCAUUGUUUAUUUUUGGCAAUUUGUGCGUUCGUACAAUGCAAGGCAGCCGUAAUAACUGAUGGCAAAAUUAUUGAAGUCAAUGAAAGACCCAUUGUUGGGAUACUUUCUCAAGAGCAAUCCUUUUAUCUGCAUGGUAAAUUUCCCGAAGAGAAUUAUACAAGCUACAUUGCAUCAUCAUACGUAAAAGAUGUGGAAAAAUCUGGUGCAAGAGUUGUUCCCAUAUUAAUUGGCAAGGAUCGCAGCUACUAUAAAGAAUUAAUGAAAAAAAUAAAUGGCGUUCUAUUUCCGGGUGGCGCUACCUUCUUCAACCAAUCUGAUGGCUACGCUGACGCCGCUCAACAUAUUUACGAGAUCGCUCAAGAGUUGAACGAUGCCGGAGAUUAUUUUCCAAUCUUUGGAACUUGCUUAGGCUUCCAACUCAUUAUAAUUCUGGCAUCGGGUCGGGGCAAGGUGGAGAACAGAGCGGAUUGCUAUUCGUACACUAACCUGCCUCUAAUAUUUAGCUCGGAUUUUCGCAGCAGUAAAUUGUUUAAGGAUGCGCCCGAAGACGUUGUUCAGAUUCUAGCGAAUGAGGAUGUCACAAUCAACGUUCAUAGAUAUUGCAUCCUAGAUAGUAACUUAGAAGCCUACAACUUGACUGUGGACUGGAGACCAACGUCGUACGGAUAUGAUGACAAUGGUAUUAAGUUCAUUGCCACGUAUGAGCAUACGAGGUAUCCAUUUUACGCGGCGCAGUUUCAUCCAGAGAAGAGCUCCUUUGAAUGGAAGUUGAAUAAGAAUUAUGCUCAUUCAAUGAACGCCGUCAAAGCAAAUCGAUACUUCAUGGACUUCUUUGUGGCGGAAUGUCGUAGAAGCACUCAUGAGUUUGCAGACGCUGCUGAAGAGAAUGAUUAUUUGAUAUACAACUCACCAGCAGUUUUUACUGGAGUGCUUGGAAGUGCACAUCAUCAAUGUCAUUUCUUUGAACCCAGGGGUGUAGUGUCUGGUUAACCUAAAGAGAAUUUUUUUGAAGUAAAACUACAUUAGGCGCGACUUGGGGUAACUUUUUUUCUUAGGGAUUUUUUUCUGACGGAAGUAACGCUCAGUAAAAAUGUCAAUUGAAACGAUUUUCUUAGGCCGUUAUAAUUUUAUAGUUUUAAAAAAAACAUUUCAAUAUGCUCAGUAAUAUUUUUUGAAGAUUUCCAAGUGUAUAAUUUGCUUAUUUAUUAAUAGAAAUAGAAAUAGAAACACUUUAUUAGCAUACAAAAAACACUCACACAAAAACACAACAAUUUACAAUAUUAAUUAAAAUCUUAAAAUACUAAAUUAAAUACGUAACACUAUUAUAAAGAUUAAAAAACUACUUUUGUAAUAAAUAAUAUAUGAGAUAUCAGAAUUUUUCUGAACUUUGCGGCAUUCGUUAAUUUGUUUUUGGUUUUUUCGUCCAUUAUUAGGAUAGGCAAAAGGUUCGAGUCCAUACGGAAUAUUAGUUAAUAUUCAAAUAUUCAAUAACAACGUCAUAUUAAUAUGUAUAUAACCUUCAAUUUCUUAUUAUAAAUUAUUUUAUUUAAUGAGUGAAUAUUUUAAAAUGUGCGAAUUGUAUUAAUGAAUUAUAAAUAGAAUAUAAAAUGAAAAUAAUAAUCAGUCAAAUAAAAUGGCGGAAUCCCAGGAACAUUUUACUCUUUAUCAAUAAAUAAGCAUAAAAGUAAAAUCAGGAACCU